UGGAAAAAUACUUCACGAGUUAUCUGUCGGGGAGGUUUUAAUUGUAAACAUUUGAUCCUCACGAUUUCCGGCAAAACUACAAUUCGUUCAAUUGGCAAUGGUGUAGUUAAUAACAAAAAACUAGAUAAGAUCGAUUCCUAAAAACAGUAAAAAGAAAAAAAAAAAAAACGAUUUUUAGGUGCAUCGGCCUAAAAGUCAGUAUCUAGUGAAUGCAGCUGUAUUUAUCUUGCCACUGACUUCUAGCCGAUGCAACCAUUGAGAUGAUCCCGACGGAUUGAAAACCUCCUUUUUAGAAAGUCGACUAAAACAAUCUAAAGCUUUUAUAUUUACACUGUUGACCUCAAAAACUUAUCUUGAAAAUCUUUCCAUUUGACUUUAAUUGAAUUAUAGUUUCGCCAGAUGUAAUAAACCAGCUUUCAGCCUAACAACUCCCCCACCUCCUUUUUCAAAUAAAACGUAUUUUUCUAUAAUUUUUGUCGUAUUUCCUUCCCUUAGCAAUAAGUUACAUUAUUAUUUAUAUAUUUUUUUAUUUUUUUCAAAAGGGUUCAACCCUGAGCUACGCCAUCCGCGCGUCAAUUUGGGCUCAUUGUGGCUCCGGUUGGUUAAAUGCUCUAACUUGUGUCAAUCAAACUCUUUUACAGUUAUUAUAUUUUAUUAUUGCAUAACUAUGUGAAAUUCUUACUUUCAACAUGGAACUCCGAUAAUGUUGGGUCGUUUAUAAUUAGAUACAAAAGUUUAUCAGAAUAGAUACCUUUAUAUAAUUAGCCUGUAAAUACCAGAUAGGUACCUAUAUAUAUAUGGGAUCGCGUCUCAUUUUAUUUCUCAUAGUAUUCCCAAACGGUCGUACCAUGAUGUCGUUGGCCUUGUGUAUAUUGGUAUUAUCAAUUACUUACAACGAUGCGGCUAGAAUACUGGCAGUGUUUCCAGUACCGUCUAUCAGUCAUCAAGUAGUGUUCCGACCUCUUACCCAAGUACUUGCCAGGCGAGGACAUGAAGUCACGGUCAUCACACCAGAUCCUGUCUUCACAAAUGGAGAAGCACCAGCUAAUCUUACAGAAAUUGACGUCCACUUUACUUAUGAAGUAUGGAAAAAGUUUUAUGAAACUACUUCGGGGGAUAAUAAUGAUCUUAUAGAACAAACGCAUACAGCAUUUAGCUUGAUGAAUCGGAUAUUCGAAGUUCAAAUGAAGGUGGAUAAAGUGCAAAAAAUAUUAAAAGAACAGAAGUUUGAUUUGCUCCUAUUAGAGGCUUGUGUGAAACCCGCUUUGGUUCUAUCUCACAUUCUCAAAGUGCCUGUGAUUCAAGUGUCAUCGUUUGGUCCUAUUUUCUUUAAUACAGCAACUGUUGGAUCAGCUUGGCAUCCUUUGCUGUAUCCAAUUAAUUAUGUUCUAAAACUUAACAAUCUGACCAAGUGGGAAAAAUUAAAGGAGUUGUGGAGCUUGUAUAAAAUAAUAAGUGUAAUGCAACAAGUGGAGCAAGAAGAGAAUAAAACAGUAAAAAAAUUGUUUGGACCAGAUGUACCAGCGAUGAGUGAAUUGAAAAAUAACGUUGACAUGCUGUUCGCGAAUAUUCAUCCUCUAUGGGAUUCAAAUCGUCCAGUUCCUCCCAGUGUUAUUCAUAUGGGUGGUUUGCAUCAGAAGCCUCAAAAGGAGUUGCCUCAAGAUCUCAAAAGUUAUUUGGACUCCUCCAAGAAUGGCGUGGUAUACAUCAGCUUUGGUACAAAUGUCAAACCUUCCCGGUUACCUCGAGAGAAGAUCCAAAUUCUGAUCAAAGUAUUCUCUGAGCUACCUUACGACGUGCUGUGGAAGUGGGAUGAAGAUGACCUCCCCGGAUGCUCUAGUAACGUAAGGAUAGAAAAAUGGCUGCCUCAGUCAGACCUGUUAAGGCAUCCUAAGAUCAAAGUGUUCAUAACACAAGGAGGUCAACAAUCAACUGAUGAAGCUAUAACCGCAGGAGUGCCUCUGAUUGGUGUUCCAAUGUUGGGUGAUCAAUGGUUCAACGUAGAGAAGUAUAUAACACAUGAGAUUGGAGUCAGGCUUGAUAUAGAAACGUUGACGGAGGAACAAUUUAAGAAUGCCAUAACAGAAGUCAUUGGAGAUAAAAAAUAUCGUCAGAACAUAAAAAAGUUCGGUGAAAUAAUCCGUGACGAGCCAAUGACACCGUUGGAGCGUGCGGUGUGGUGGACGGAGCACGUGCUGCGUCACGGCGGCGCGCGAAAUCUGCGCUCUCCCGCCGCCAACAUGUCGUGGUCACAGUUCCUCGAACUAGAACUAGUGGUUACUGUACUAAGUGUUGUCUUAGGUUUAAUUUUUUUGUCGUCACUUCUACUUUAUUACUCUUACAAGCAUUUUGUUUUAAGUCCAAAACAGAAGAAGCUAACAGGUAAUUGAAUAAGAUAAAUUCGAUUUAAUAAAAAAUGAAAACACUAA